AUGGGAAGAGGACGGUCGGCGUACGUGCAGAUCCAACAUGUCGUCGGCGCUCUGUUCCCGAGCUUGGUGAGCGGCUCCAGGGGAAGCUCCAGCAAAUACCUGGUGGAGUUUCGUGCCGGUAAAAUGACCCGGGGAACGUGGUUACCGGACAAACGCAAAGGGACGGUGUAUCAGCAGUCCGACGACUCCCUGAUCCACUUCUGCUGGAAGGACAGGACGGAGCGGAACGUGGACGAUGAUCUGAAUUUCCCCGACGACUGUGAAUUCAAGAGAGUGAGCCAGUGCACCACGGGACGUCACGUGCUGAAGUUCAAGGCCGGGUCCAAGAGGCGUUUCUUCUGGAUGCAGCCAAAGACCGACAAGGACGAGGAGUACUGCCGGAAGGUGAACGAGUAUCUGAACACCCCGCAUCCCGGAGCGCCGGGCAGCGGAGGCGGCAGCGGCCACGAGCUCUCCCUCGGGGGAGGAGGUCUGCAGAACCCUGGGAACAUGAGCCACAACCAGCUGAUGCAGCUGAUCGGACCGACCGGGCUCGGAGGACUCGGAGUCUGGAGCUCUACGCGACCAGGACUCGCCAACCUGCUGGCGCGGAGGACGGCCACCAGCAGCUCCUGUCCAGCCUCAGCUCCGACUCCGGUGGUCCCGGCCUCUGUUGGAAGUCCGGCCUCCCACCAGCCGAUCCAGCUCAGCGACCUUCGAGCAUCCUCGCCACAUGAACGUCCCAGCUUCUGCUGUCAGGGAUCAGCUGUGGAUCUAGCCAGUGUUUGCACCCCAGAGAUGAUGGCUCCCAUCCUGACCAACGCCGAGGUCCAGCAGAGGCUCCUCCCCUUCCUGCCGAGCGGGGAGUCUACCUCAGAGCGCCGAGAGAUCCAGAACACCGCUAACUCGCCUCAUUUCCUUCCGGCCAUGAGCAUGUUCAGCAGCGCCUUGGCCUCCGGCAGCGGCCCGCUCCUCAGCCAGUUCGGUCUGCCGGCAGAGGCUGUGGACGCCGCCAACAGAGGCGACGUGGAGGCGUUUGCUCGAGCCAUGCAGGGCAGCAAAGGAGACAAGAAGGAGGACGACGAGGACAUGAGUCUGGACUAGAGCUCCA